GAUAGAAGAUAAAAGAAACUGGAGAACAAUGUAUACGGUGAUUUUAAAUCAAUAACAAUUGAGUUUUCAGCCGAAAUAUCAACCUUUAGGGGGUAAAUAUUUGUAAAUGCAUGUAGCAAAUUAAUAGUUAUUAUUCUAGCGUUCUAACAGUGCUACAAGAUAAUGUAUAUUGAUCAACAUUUGUUAGCCACACCGAACUUUUUAAGUUUAAAUGGAACUCGUUUGACGAGACCUUAUCGGAUCGACAGCAAUAUUGAAUUAAUGUCCCCUGUAUACACGUCUUAAAUAACCAGCUUGGAAAAAAAUUCAACUUGAUUGGACUUGCUUAAUGGUUAUAGGUGAAUUCGUGUUCUUGACUUCAUUUAAAUCUACAUGGAAUCGAAUAUUUGUUUUUGUCACGGAUACUGAAAUGAAGAUCUUGGGACUUGAAAUGUCUGAUUCUUUUGAUACCUGAGGAAAUAGAUUGUGUUAUUGUAAGAAUACGGGAUUAUUAAUAGAGUGAAAGAAGAUAUUGUUGACCAUGUUGUGUUUUCCGUAGUCAUGACCGGAGGUGAGAAAAUGCAGGAUUCCGGAACACAAUCGGAAAAUCUACAGAUUCCUCUGGAGUCGGUACCGGAGGAGCCAGAUGAGGAUUCUGGUCAGAACCUAACCACGCUACAGCGGGAGGUCUCCACCCCCAAUGUACGGAUCCCCUCGCAAUCCGCCCGCGCCACGCUCGUCAGGACUCCCGCCACGAGAGAGAAAACGACGUCGCCCUUAGUGUUCCAUGAAGAAGACGAGGAGAAAAAAGAUGAAGAGAAGAAUAUUUUAAUCACAGAAAUAAAACCCACAGAGUACCAGGAGGUACAGUUUGAGGUGGAUGUGGAGCAGGGAGAGGAUUCUUUCUCUGAGGAAGAGAGCGUGGAACUCAAAGACCUAGUGGUGGAACCGAUAGAGGCGGAACCCAAGGAGGAGGACUAUGACACCGACCUCGAAAUCGAGGAGGAAGCAUUUGUACAUGAUACAAGCGGUCGAUCUCACUACACAAAAAUAUGUAACCAGCUUGGACUGGUUCCUAUAAACUACUUCAUGCGUCACAUCCAAGAUACAGAGCUAGCAAUGAGGUACCACGGACUUGGACCCAGUGCAGCAAGGGCUAUUGCACUAGUGUUAAAGGACACAAUCACACUUGAAAAACUUGAUUUGCGGGGAAACUGGAUUGAAGGGGAGGGUGGUGAAGCGGUAGCGCGUAUGUUGGAGGAAAAUGAUUACGUCACAGAUGUGUGCCUUGCAGACAACAGACUUGGACUUAUGGGUGCUCAAAGUUUAUGUAGAAUGCUCAAUACAAAUGCAGGUCUUCGCAGACUGGAUAUAUCAGACAAUGGGUUUGGGACGGUAGAGGCGGCUGUGAUUGCCCAGGCUUUAGAGACAAACAAGUAUCUUAAAGUGCUGAACCUGAGUCACAAUCGCUUCGAUGAACAGGCUGGAGAGAUUCUGGGUCCUGCCAUAGGUGCCAACGAUAUCUUAGAUGUUCUGGAUUUGAGCUGGAACUGUCUGCGACAAAAAGGUGCAAUCUCUGUUGCAAAGGGAAUCAAGGAAAACGUACGGUUAAAGAAAUGCAGUCUGGCAUGGAACGGGUUUGGACCAGAAGGGGGCGCUGCGAUCGCCGAUGCUCUGAUGACCAACAAUUCUCUCCAAGAAAUCGACAUCAGCGGCAACCGGCUCAGCGCGGACGUAGCCAUAAAGGUGGCUAAAGCCAUAAUGAGUAACGACAAUAUCAGAAUACUCAAGAUGGGUAACAACCUUCUAACAACAGCAGGUGCAAUAGCAUUAGCAAAGGCUAUUAAUGAAAGCGAGAGCAGUGAAAUGGAGGAACUUGAUCUAACGGAUGUUCCCGUUGAAUUUGAGUUCUUACGCAUCAUUGAAGACAUCAAAGCCAAAAGGCCAAACUUCAAAGUAGUCCACGGUCCCAUACUGAGAGUGGGAAACACUACAGAAGACCUGGGUAAACCAGCCAUUGAUCCCAACCCGCGGCGGAAGAAGGACCCCAUUAUGGUUCUGGACCAGCACAUUGUCGUCAAUGACUUCCGGUUGCUGGAUAUCUUAAAGAGAUAUGACCCUGACAACUCCAUGACCCUUGAACCCCAGCAAUUCCUUGCGGCCUGCGAGGAACUAGCCAUUCCGUAUGAUAGAGCUAAAGUAGAGGAAGCUGUUAAACGUUUAGUCGACCAGAAACCCGGAAAUGACCAAGGCAGAAUCUACUUUGGAAACUUUUUUGACCAAGACAAGCUUCAGGAGCACAUUAAAAAGUACCAAGAAAAGACCGAUAACGAAACUUGAAAGUGGUUCUUUUUCAGGACUGACUUAUCAUAGAAUGACACUCACCAAUAUUUAACUAUGCGACACAGAACUUUAUUCUGUGAACAUGUUCAUUCUCCUGCUGUGCUAUUCACAUUGUGCCAACCCGACUCCAAUUCUGUGCCUAAAAUUGGGAUAAAAAGGGAAGAAACUGCAGUGCCUUUGUGUUGAUAACAAACUCGAAUGGUGAAACAAAAUGGAUUAAUACCAAGUAUUCUCAAGCACUUAACUGGUCCUAGACUUAAUUAGAAGAUAGAUAUUUACUCAUUCUACACACACACACACACAUAUAUAUAUAUAAAAAUUAUUUAUAUUUGUAGUCUACUGUACUGUUUUUAUUUGUAUGAUCAAUUCUUUUUUAAUAAAAAAAAAUAUGACAGGGUA